UUGCGCGCGAGUAGAGCACGGGAGAGCAAGUUGCGGUGCGCGAACAAGAUGGACCUGCCUUCUGCUUGCAAAUGACCCGAGACCAAAUGAAAGCUUUUAAGCAACUCCGCCUGACAGCAAAUGAUUGUGAAGCUCUACGGCAAAGCCCAGAAGGCACAGCUGCCUUGACACAGCCCCUCACCCAGAGGCCGGGCAGCCGAGAUUCCUGUAAAGGCCUUCACCCAAUUCCUCGGAGGAAAAAACGUUCCAAAGGCCACCAAAGGACCAUCACAGAUUACUUCAGGAGGAAAUCACACAUCUCAAAAUGCUCAAAUGACAUGGCAGAAAGCAACAAAAUCAAAGUUGAAGAGCCUCUGGAGAACUUUGCUCUUGACUGGGACUCAGACGAGACUUGCAUUCUUCUUGGAGAUGAAGGAAAUGAAUUGAUGACCCCCAGGAAACGGUUUUGUUUCUCCCAGAGCACUAGUGACUGCUAUGGAAGUGCUGGCCAAGGGGUCCCAGAAAAUAAACCAUUGCUGGUGGGGCUUCCUGAACAGAGCUCAAGUGAUGGAACUGUUAAACAGGAGGUUCAAGAUGUGGAGGUUGAUCCUCUUCCUGAUGCGCAUUUUGGGCUCUUAGGAACUAGAACUGGUGAUGUACCUCAGGGAACCAUUGAGGAACUGCCGGAUGAAAUCCUCCAGCAGAUAUUUGCCCUGGUGCCUGUAGUUGAUCUUCUCCAAAACCUCUGUCGGGUGUGUCAUCGUUGGAAAUGUAUAAUCUCUGACAUGAAGUUCAUUCCUUGGAAGAAGUUGUAUUAUCAGUAUUUGAAAGCAGUAGACCGAGCCGCAUUGACCGUUCAAGUCAUUCUGCAACGGUACGGCCUAACCCAGGAGCGGACCCAGUGCAUGUUGGGAUUUAUUCGAUGUGUCUCUGCUAUUUGGAGCUGCCACUGCCAAGAUCCUACCGCUAUCCUUGCGUGUCUGAAACACCAUUCUCUCUUUCUCAAGGCGCAAAUCUGUAUCACCAAGAGGCUUCCUGAUUUGGAGGGUCCCAAACAGAGAAUAGUAUAUGCUCUGGCAGUGAUGGUGGCGAUUGUGCUCUUUGCUGGAGGUGUUUGCGAUAUCCAGGAGCUGGUGGCCUGUCUCCGGAGACCCAGCUCUACCGUCUCACUGAUGGACAUCCUUGAGAUGUUGUACUGCAUGGCCACCCUACUUUAUGCCAUGCGAGAGAAGAAUGUCCUGAUCAGUAACAGGAUUCACUACAAUAUUUUCUCUUGCCUGUAUCUCCUGGAGAAUACUCACUGCAGUGCAGCAGUCAUAAACCCUGAAUUAUCCAGCAGUGAAAGAGGUUUUAGUAACAGGCCUGCUUUACAACCUACUAACGAACAACAACAGAUCUUAAACCACGCCCUUACACCUGGACAGGUGGUGAAAAUUGUGGCUUUUGCAGGCACUGGGAAGACGUCCACUCUGAUCCAGUACGCAGAAAAGUGGUCCCACCUUCAAUUUUUGUACUUGGCGUUCAACAAAACCAUUGCAGCGCAGGGAACGCAGGUUUUCCCUCCCAACGUCACCUGUAAAACAGUCCACUCCUUAGCUUUCACAGAAGUGGGCAAACGCUACAGACACAAGCUUAACUUUGGCUCGCUGACGUCCUACUUGGUCAGCUUUGUCCUCUCCAAUCGUGAGGGCCAGUCUCCGUUCAUAAGAGCCAAGACGGUCAUCCAGACCCUCGCUGCCUUUUUCGCUUCUGCGGAUCAAUCUAUCACCGUGGAGCACACACCCAUUUGGUGUAAGAACAAUCAAGGAGCAAAAGUUCUUGUUCAGGAGCAGGAAAAGCAAAUCAUUAUUGAAGAAGCGAACCAAAUAUGGGCCAAGAUGAAAAUGCUGAGCCCAACCAGAGAGAUGGCAUACAAAAUGACACACGAUGGUUACUUGAAACUUUGGCAACUUCAGAAGCCUUCCCUUUCCAACUUCGAUGUCAUCUUGGUGGAUGAGGCCCAAGAUUGCACUCCUGCUAUUAUGGACAUUGUCCUCUCCCAACCAUGUGGUGUGAUCUUGGUAGGAGACCCACACCAGCAGAUCUAUACCUUCCGGGGUGCUGUCAAUGCACUUUCUGAAGUGCCACACAGCCACAUCUUCUACCUCACACAGAGUUUUCGGUUUGGCUCUGAAAUAGCUUAUGUUGGCGCUACCAUUCUGGAUGUUUGCAAGAAAGUCCGGAACAAAACACUGGUGGGGAACAAUCAUGAAAGUGAUGUCAGUGGGAUUGGCGUGGAGGGGAAGGUGGCUCGCUUAUCCCGGGGCAACCAGACUGUCUUUGAUGAUGCUGUGAAUGUUACUAAUGGAGACCCACCCGCUAAAAUACAUUUGCUUGGGGGUCUUAAAGCCUUUGGCCUUGAGAAAGUUCAUGACCUCUGGAAGCUCCUUCAUCCUGAACUGAAACUCGAGAUAAAGGAUUCCUUCAUCAAGAGGUGGGUUGAGAAGGGCUUGGGCAGCAUCAAGAACUAUGCAGAAAAAGCAGAAGACAAGCAGCUGGAAAUAAAAAUUGCAAUUGUGGAGAAAUACAGGGAGCGUAUUCCGGAGCUGGUGGAGAGGAUAUCCCGGUGCCAUGUAUUGGCUCCAGAAAAUGCAGAUUACAUCCUAGGCACUGUGCAUAAGGCCAAAGGGCUGGAAUUUGACACUGUCCAAGUAGCUAGUGACUUUGUGAAUAUCCCGUUUACAUGGCCCUAUCUUGGAAGAAUGCCCCAGUCCCAACCUGAAACAACCCUUGAAGAUGAAUGGAAUUUGCUGUACGUCGCUGUCACUCGGGCCAAGCGGCGUCUCAUCAUGCCCAGACUUCUAGCUGAUCUCCUAAAAUAUGCCAGGGAGUACUAUGUGCGGUUUGAAUUAACCAGUGAAGUGUGCAAGGAGACUUCACCAGUUUGGUGUUCAGAGGUGGGCUGCUGCAACUCCAUUCCAGCUGACUCUUUCCUAAUCCCGAAAAAGAUGAACUUUGUUUAUACGGACAGCACCAAAACCACCAAGGGUUUCCUUUGCCCUUCUUGUGCAGUGCAAUUCCUUGGCCCCAUUGCACAGCUCACAAUGUCUCCUGAGAUGGUGCAGGACACCGAUUCCCCCCAAGAAUUCACUGAGGUUCCAACAGUGGUUCGCCUCCUCCUCGAAGGUCUUUGAGUUCAAGAAAAUUGCACUGGGUAUUUUUCAAGAAAACGAAUGCAGAGAAAAUAAUGUAGAAAGGAAGGUGUCCUUCUUGAUGUGGGAGUGCUGUUCUUUAGAGGAGUUCUUGAUGUGGUGCCAGGAGAGUCCACCCAAAGGAACAAUGUGCCGAAAAGGCUGGCCACCUCCACACAGUUGUAUUACUAUGUUUCCCUCCUAUCCUGGAGCCAGCAUAAAAUCAUGCCACCCUCAGUCUUAAUGACCAUACAGUACACUGUUAUCACACACCUGGGUAUGUGUGUGCUACUUUCCUUACAGCUUGAACGUUUCUAACUGAAAUUCCUAACCUGCCCAACAUCUCCCACCAUAUUAAAAGUCUCCUCCAAUUGCCAUGCACCAAACUCAGGUUAUUCCUGCACUACUAUUUUUUCUUUCCCACUGUACUUUUAACUGAUUGAAACUUAAAAAAAAAAAAUCUUGAAAUUGUGAGUCCAUCCAUUCAAUCACUAGAUGGCAGCAAAGAUUUAGAGCCCCCCCCCAGCUGCCAUCUAGUGCUGGUUCAGUGCUGUGCAGCUGAAUUGCUGCUGUUGGAUAAGUGCUGUUGGAAGAGGUACAAUUUGAGAGAGAGAUUUACUAGCGUGGGAGUUGUAAACUAAGAGCAUUAUGUGAAGUGAGGAGCCAGGGCUCCUGGGAAUGGAAGUCCCUGCUAGAUGUGCUAGGGAGGUACAAGAGACAAGUCCUUUCAAUUAUAUAUUCCAUUUACUGUGUUAAAUCAGAGGCAGGCUAAGUCCAUUUCAGGGCUUCCCACUCUCUAGGUCAGGGCUUUUCAGCCUUGACAACUGUAAGACGUGUGGACUUCAACUCCCAGAAUUCCCCAGCCAGCCAUGCUGGCUGGAGAAUUCUGGGAAUUGAAGUCCACACGUCUUAAAGUUGCCAAGGUUGAGAAACACUGGUCUAGGUUGAUGACUCAGCUGGUUGACCUACCACUUAACAAAGAAAAGAAAAGUUGGGGUGCUGGUCUCCUUCACUGCCAAAAGAGGAUUGCAGGUCUGGAAGACAUCCUGUUAAGGAUAGAGUGGAAGUGGAGCCACAGAUGCUGACAGUUUAGGCCGCCUUCCCCAUGUGCAUCCACGUGCCCUAUGUUGUCCACAUUCAGCAUCUGGAGAUGAGAUAGGAGGGAAAACACCACUUCCAGAACACAACAUCAAAAGCUGCCAUAGGGCUGUCUCAGCUGCACCGGGAUGUUGAGAUACAGCGGCACAGAGACAUCUCUGGAAGUGGUUAGUGGGCUAUUUGCACAGGAUAAGACUGUGAAUUUUUUUUUAUAAUUUUUAAUUUUUAAUUAAGAGGAAAAGAAAAGCAUAAUAAUAAUAAUAAUAAU